AUGAUUGCAGCGGGUGGCAGUGGCAACUAUGAGGUCAAGGUGUUCCAGCGACCCGGACGUGCUGAGACAGAAUCCUUCGGCAAGAUCUCCAGUUUCACGCAGGCAUGCUACUGCGUGGACUUUUCAAAUGCUGGGGACAUGUUAGCGGCUGCGGGCGGCGACGGAGUCAUCCAGACACACGUACGCUUGGCGGGGACCGCAGACCGAAAGGCCAUGGUGACAUCUUCGUACAUCGACCUGAUGUACAGGCGCUUGGUUGAACCUCUACAGAGAGCGGAGGUUCAGAGCGUGGUGACGCUUCUGGAUGCGUAUGGCCUUGGGAAGGAGCAUGUGGUGGAGCAGCCACGGUGCUCAGACAAAGCGGAUGCCACCAAUGUUGCCAAAGGAUGGUCGACCUUGCUGUGCGUAAGCGCAGGCUUUUCCCCGGCAGAUGCGGACAUGUCAGAGUGGAACCUGCAAAACCGCUUCACAGGCUGGGUAGAUGUGGACGUUUCGCCCAAGGGUGCCCAAGAAGCGACAAAUGCGGGAAAGCUGCUGCAUGACGCCAAUGUCAGUGUAGAUGUUGCCUUUACAUCUUACCAGAAGAGGGCCAUCAAAACGCUGAAUCUAGCACUGGAGGAGAUGGAUUGCUUAUGGAUUCCUGUCUUCAAGUCCUGGAAGCUCAAUGAGCGCAUGUAUGGUGACCUACAAGGCCUCAACAAGGCCGAGACCACCAACAAGUUCGGCGAGGAGCAGGUGACUCAGUGGCGCCGCUCCUUCUCAGAGCCGCCUCCUCCCAUCAAGGAUGACAGUCCUUACCAUCCAAAGCUGGAUCCCAAGUACAAAGACAUUCCCAAGAAGAAGCUGCCACUGGCAGAGUCCUUGGCCCUCACCAUACAGAGAGUCUUGCCCUUCUGGAGGCAGAAUAUUGCACCCCAGCUACACAAGGGCAAGAAGGUGCUAAUCGCUGCUCAUGGCAACUCGCUGAGAGCUCUCGUCAAAUAUCUAGAUAACGUGCGCGAGGAUAAGAUCGUCGGCCUCAACAUCCCGACGGGGGUGCCACUAGUCUACCGAUUGAACCGGCAACUGAAGCCAGUCGAGCUUCCAGGACAUGCCGAAGGUUUGAGCGGUGUCUACCUUGGAGAUCCUGAAUGGGUGUCGUCGAAGAUCAACGGCGUGAAGAAUCAGGCCAAGGGGCGCUAG